ACACUGCACGCACCAAUAUGUACAAAUAUCGCAAUCUGUAGGACGAAAAAAGAUCUCCGUGAGGCCAACAAAAAUGGAGACAUCACAAGGAAUUUUUCGUAAAAUCACUGUUGAAAAUCAAUGAGGAUUAAAAAGAUUGAAUUUUAAUUACAUCCAAGUCUGGGGUCUUCAGUUACAGCUAUACGCCUAUACGUGAAUCAAGUGUAUAUACAGGACUGACAUAUUAGUGCAUAUGUCGUUAGAUACAGAAUGGAUCGUUAAAAAUGAAGAGAGACAUUUGGUUCACAGAUAAAAUCAAAUCUUGAGAGGUAUACUAACUCCGCAGUCAACAUAAUAAACAGGGAAAUUAAAAAUAAGCAGACUCAAAUAUUCAUAUAUCAAGAUAUCAAUAUGGGAACUGAAUGCUGCUUUGCCAUUUUGUGUCGAAUGUGCGAUUCCCUGAUAGAGAGAACAUGGCGUUUCUGUUGUGGUCUUGCUUGUUGUAAUUGUAAGUGCCCAUGCUGUUCGACGAACCAAUGCCAAGAAAUGACUUGUCAAUGCCAUUUCUGUGAACCUGAACUGGAUGAGGAUUAUGAACCUGGAAAUCUACAUGAGGUCAAAGUCACUGCGAGCCCUGUGACCUAUACCUGUGAUGACCUUGACCAGACAUGUAUGGUAUGCUGUAGAUAUCUAUCCUGUGUUCCCUGCUGUGCUUUCAUAUGUAAAAAAUGCUCAAACAGCCAUUACUGUCCCAAAUGUCUCCAUAACAAUUGUUGUCUAGCAAGAGAUAGGGACAUUUUGAAGGAGAUGGAAAUGUUGGAAAAUUCGAUACCUGGGGCAUAUAGAAAAAGUGCUUCACCACAAAAAUCAAGCAAGGAUUCACAUCUGUAUCCCAAAGAAUUGACGGGAAAAACCUGCCUGGUUUCGGCAGAUAAUAACCAUGGUAACGAUUCAAAAACCAGCAGUCUACGAUCAAAGGCAGAAAGUGAAGAAGAGGAGAUUAAUCGUGAGGAUGGCCAUUACCGUUAUUCUUGUAAUGCAAAAACGGAGACCACUACAACAGCAAUAAUAGAACAGCCGUAUUCUGUAGAUCUGUGUGGUGCAACAGACUCGAACUGCAUGACCAACAAUAAGGAAACAAAUACUGAACAUUUUAAAACAAUCAGCAAUGACACAAUCAAUCAAGUUCACCAAACCAAAGCAAGAAAAAUUGCCAGAAGUAUGGAUAGCAUAGAAUUUGAUGAGCUAUUUGGCUCGGAUUCUGCGAGUAUCAAUCAAGGUGGCCGUGGUUACCAUGGUGACAAGGUCAAAUCCAAUGUCAAAGUCAGGUAUAGGGAUAUGUGUACUAACGGUAUGGAGAUUAUCGUUACUGAUUAUGAUUACGGGAAGAAGCGCAGUGAUAGUAUAUCUUCUGGAUCCAGCGUUGGGAGUCAGUCGACAGAACAAAAUCAGGAAAUGGGCCAACAGGAAAUGGACAGUUCUACGGAAAGUGAACAAACACUAGGGGAAAACCAAUGUGAUGAAGACAUGUAUAAACCUAUUGUUGUGGAAACAAGAAAUAUAUUAAUAACAAACCAUCGACAGACUUCUGUGUAAAUAGUGUUUCAUUGAUAUACAUAAGAGUUACCAUUAUUUAAUAUAUUUCAGCAUGUCAGACUGCGUACUAAUUACUUUUUGAUACAUGGACAAUAUACCGUAUAAUGUGCUUGUUUUCAUACACUUUCUAUAGAUCAAGUAUUCAGUAUACAUACAGAUAUGGUAUACAUGUGAUAGAUUCGUAAACCCAAAUUCACAGUGCAUUCAUUGAAUGCAUCUAUGAAUCUAUACAUAUUAUUGUUUUAUUGUUAAAUUCUACAGAAAUUCAUUACCAAUGUUUGGUUUUUCUGUCACAGAAUGACAUAAUUUACCUUUCUACAUCAAAGUCAUACAGAGACUUCCUUUUAACUUUCCUUGUUUGUCUGAUUCAAACUUAUUGAUAUUUCUAACUCUCCGGCACCAGCCAAUCAAAUACAGUGCCUGAUUAAAGUAACAUGGACUUCAACAUUUUUUAUCUAGGAAAUAAAAACAACCGA